CCCAGAAGAUUAAUUUUUGAGUCCGAGGUUCUUAUAGAGAAGAUAACCUCUGAACAUAUUAAUGUGUGCAAAGGAAGUGUCACUGACUCAAAAGCACAAGACAGAUGGUGCGGUUUGUAGCGGGAUGGUUUGGGGGCAGGGAGGGUGUUUACUGCCGUGUAAUCCGCUCUGAUGUCACUGUGUGCCGAAGGAGGGGUCUGAGAUCCGCCGCUUAAUCCCCGUGUGUUGAUAAGAGCGACCGACGAAGAUGAAGGCAAGCCGAAGAGCUCUUCUUCAUCGCUUGUGUUCCUAACAGACUGAACAAAAUUAAACAUUGCGUGGGCGGAGCCAUGAGCCAUAGGGAGGAGCCAGAGGAGGCAGUUCUCAGAGGUCCUCCCCCUCAUCGCAGCAAGCAUCCCAAUGGGACGCCUCUUGAAGGAGGUCGACCCAGAUGGAGGCCAUGCCAGCUUCACAAUCCGGAUGCAGAAGCCAACCAGCACAUGUCUGUAUCUAGCCGAGGUCCCCCACGUCACCGUAGACGGCAUGCUCCCGGUGAAGCACAACGCAGGCGGCCUGAGAGCGGAGAUAAAGAAGAUCAAGCUGGCCAACAGCCCAAACCGGGGGCAUCAAGACAUCAUGGAAGGGGAGCGAGACUCCAUCAGCACAGAUAUAGAAAACAGCACAAAGAAGAAGAACAGGUGAUCAAAACUCCUCCAAAAGAACAAGCUUCAGAGCCAUUAUCUCCAAAAGAUUCCUCUCAAGAAUUGCUGACUCCUCCUCCUCAGGAUGAACCAAUCACUGAUGGACUGGAUGGAAACAGUCCAGAUCUGGCCCAUUCAUCUGAUACACACAUUGAUCGUGAUCCACAGUGUUCACUGAAACAGUUAGAGGAGAAGGUUCAAAGUGUAGAAUCUAAUUUUGGCGAAGAGGAACUGGUGAAAGAGAACCAAGAAAAAGAUUAUUUCAGAGAAACUCCUGAGCAGGACUGUGCUAAGAUUGCUUCAAAAAGUCAUCCUGAAAGUAAACGAACCAGGCCGCUAAGAGUAGACGUUCCUCCGUUCGCCACAUCUCCUCACCAGAUGAUGAACAAACCUUUUUUCCAGUCUCCACAAAUCUUCCAUGAGACUCUUCAAAGCUACAAUUCAGAUCCAAACUCAUACCCUGCUCUUUUUAACACCGGUUACCCUCAAACAAACAAGGAUAAAGAGUUCGAGAGUCCCAUGUCUCAUGUCGAAGACCAUCAAGAGGAUCUCUCAGACUCUAGUCCUGAAGCCUGCUCUGAUUCUUACCCACAACUAAGCCCAGAUUCUCAGACAGAUUCAUACCUAACAGAUCCUAAUCCAGCCCUUGAGGGACCUCAAGCGUUUGAGAGGAACCAGAGCGUGACCACGGAUGAGUGCGACUCUCAGGAAGACCUCUAUCAGCGUAGUUCAGUGGGCUCCAGGCUGCACCACUACGAUGAACAGUCAGGAGAUGAAGCCGAAAGCUCAGGGAGAGUCAGAGCCCAGCUCAGGAAGACGUCAAGCUCGACUAGCCUUCCUCAAGAAGCUCCCCCCCAAGAGGAGACUUCUGAAACCGCUCAGCUUUCACAUGAUUAUCAGGAAGAAGUCGUGGAAAGACGUGACAUGUCAUCCACUCCAGGCCAGGAUCAGAUAACAGAGUCUUGCAGAGCUACAGGAGACUCUGUCUCGUUGGCCAUCAGGGAUAUUAAGGAAGCUAUCGAGGAGGUGAAGACCAAGACGGUGCGUUCGCCCUACAGGCCUGAUGAGAUCACAGAGCCCGUGUGGGUGAUGAGACAGGACGUGAGCCCUGUUGAGGAGAACCAUCCUCAGCCACAGCCUCAGGUUCACUCACAUCCACAGUCACCGUGUCCGCUAUCACAGUCUUCUCCACAGUAUGAGACUCAGAUUCAAGAUGCUGAACUUCCUUUGGGAGCAGAAUCCUCUGGUGUUCUUCAGGACCAGGAUGUAGACGCCAGUCCCAGCGUCCCAAGUGAAGAGACUAAGAAAAAUUUGGCCUCUUUCCCUCCAUAUGUUGAUGUUCCUGGCCCAUGUGACCCCGAGGACUUGAUUGACGGCAUCAUUUUUGCCGCUAACUUCCUGGGCUCUACCCAGCUGCUGUCAGAGAGGACGCCCACGAAGAGCGGCCGCAUGCAGCAGGCCCAGGAGGCCAUGAGCCGCGUCCGGACAGCCCAGGCACAGGCCAAAAACAGAAAUAAGUAUCAGCAGGGCACUGAGAGUGGGUCGGCCGGCACAGAAGUGGACCUCUUUAUAUCCACGCAGAGGAUCAAAGUGCUCAGCGCUUACACACAGGACACCAUGAUGGACCAUCCGCUGAGGACCAUCUCGUACAUCGCUGACAUCGGGAACAUGGUUGUGCUGAUGGCUCGCAGGAAGAUGAUUCGCUCUCAGAGCGCACAGGAGAACUUGGACACCGCAGAGACGCAGCACACAAACCCAGCGCGGGACGACUGCCGCCAGUACAGGAUGAUCUGCCACGUGUUCGAGUCAGAAGAUGCUCAGCUGAUUGCUCAGUCCAUCGGUCAGGCCUUCAGCGUUGCGUAUCAGGAGUUUCUGAGAGCCAACGGCAUCGAUCCAGAGGACCUGAGCCAGAGAGAGUACAGCGACCUGCUCAACACUCAGGACAUGUACAACGACGACCUCAUCCACUUCUCCAAGUCAGAAAACUGCAGAGAUGUGUACAUCGAGAAGCAGAAAGGGCAGAUUCUGGGUGUGGUAAUCGUGGAGUCCGGCUGGGGCUCCAUCCUCCCCACCGUCAUCAUCGCCAGCCUGAUGCACGGCGCCCCCGCCGCCAAGUCUGGACGCCUCAACAUCGGCGAUCAGAUCAUGACGGUCAACGGCACCAGUGUGGUGGGCCUGCCGCUCUCCACCUGCCAGAGCAUCAUUAAAGGGCUGAAGGCUCAAUCCAGGAUCAAGAUGAACAUCGUCAGGUGUCCUCCUGUGACCAUGGUGCUCAUUCGCAGACCGGACCUGCGCUAUCAGCUGGGUUUCAGUGUGCAGAAUGGCAUUAUCUGCAGUCUGAUGCGAGGGGGGAUCGCCGAGAGAGGAGGGGUCCGCGUCGGCCAUCGCAUCAUCGAGAUCAGCGGUCAGAGCGUGGUGGCCACAGCUCACGAGAAGAUCGUUCACAUCCUGUCCAACGCUGUGGGAGAGAUCCACAUGAAGACCAUGCCUGCAGCCAUGUAUCGCCUGCUCACGGCCCAGGAACAACCCGUCUACAUCUGACACCAUCACCUCCACACGGGCCGAUGCAGAGUUCAUAUUUAUUGAAAGAUUAAUAUAACCGUUUACAGAUUUAUUUAACUGGAUGGAUGUAUUUAUUUAUUAUUCCAUUAGUGCAUAAACCAAACCAUUCCAGCACCAUGUGAGCUGCCUUAAUCUCUCUGAAGGCCUGGCAUUAGAACCAAAGAGAAAUGGAUGCAGAUCGACUCACGACUGGACCUAAACGAUCAGAGAUCAGCGGCACCGAGCACAGUAAUACUGCUGUUAGCGACACACAUCUGAUGUAUGAGCUGGAAUGUUCUCUAAAGUAAAGGAAUCAAUCAACCAAA